CUCAACAGGAAACCCAAGAUUUGAAAUGACAAGUUUGGAGAACGUUUAACCGAAUGUAAGGAAUGACAGCCUCUAACGGCAAUGGCCGCUUCGCUGACUCCUGUACAUGUGUCGACCCUCGCUCCUGUGCUGAGUUCAUGAAAACUUACGUAGAAACAAUACUGGACACCUCCGUAACUAUAUCCCCCUUUAGCUCGUUGAGGGAGCAGUAUAACGCGUUGUGUUUGCAGGAGUGCGGACGGCGGGAGUUCUCCAGACAGGUCACUAAAGCACGCUCUGCCAACAUGUUGCUGUGUGAGAAUAAGUUCCUCCAGCUAGCAGCUAACUUCGCCACUAUUCUCCAUAUCUGCGAGCAGGAGGAUGACAUCGAGUCUGCUAAAGUACUCAUGAUCCUCGCAUUCACCUACCAGUGUGAGGGUCGUUUCCUUUACCAAGAGCUCAUGAGUGUGCCCAUUUGGAGCAGCAUGCGUUUCUGGAAUGCUGCUUUUCUUCACGCGGUCCACUCGGAGAGGAAACUGCGGUCCUCCCACAACAGGUGUUUCAGCGAACAGACUCAGGAACAGCGUGUGGAGGCGGCUGAGGUGCACAAAAACACUUUCUUCGGGCAGAUGAGCUCUUUUAUUACGAAUAUGAUGGCGUUUCAGCUGCCCCUCAGUGACAUAGCAGAGUUCAGAGAGAAGAUGUUCGUUAUGUCUGAAUUGGAAGAGGAGCAGAAGUUGAUGCUGAGACAGCUGUCUCCUGUACUUCCUGAUCAGGAGGAGGGAGAGUUCUCCUUCUCAGAUAAAUUGGAGAAUUUAAAAGAACGGGGACGUUCCUUCCUUCAUUCUCUUUCUAGGAAUUUUUCUGUUGAACUUGCGACUUCGAAUAACGGUAAUGCUGGACAAACUUAAACUCUUGUUUCUGAGAUGAAUUGUCAUUUAGUUACGUUAUGUUUAUUUUUGAGCCUUGUUUUAGCAUUUAAAUGAUUCGGUAUUUUGGUGGCAUGAGAAAUGUGACAUUGUGGUAAAAUAACAUUAAAAGUUGUCUCAUUUAUUUUGAUAAUUAAACUCAAUAAUUCUAGAAUUUCGUGCCACCAAUAUCAGACUCUAAUUUAUUUGGACGUUUCCAAAUUAUAUGGAAUUAAACUCAGCAAAACAAUUUGUGAUUGUUGAUGAUAUCUGAGCUGCAUGUUUUGUCAUGUAUCUAGUUGCAUGUUUUUAACUUUUCUGUUAGACUUUUUUCUGAUCAUUCUUUGUAUUUUCCGCUAGGAUCAAAUUUAUAAGGUAAUUAGUUUAAUUGUUCACUCUUUUAGCACGAAUAAUGUUGUUAUUGUUUCUGUUUAUGAGUAAUUUGCUAAAUUUGAUUUUAUAUGAACAACAAAGAUUUUUAAAGAAUUAUUUUCAUUCAACCAAUUGUUACAA